CUUUGCAAUACUCUCCCAGGGGAUCAGAAUUCCCCACAGAGCAGUGGAACCUACAGAGGGGGAAAAUGAGGCGCUUCCUGAUCUGGUCCCUGAGCAUCUUGCACCUCGUCAAGGGGGAGGCUGUCGAGCUGACCGACAUGUUUGGAGAGAUGCAGUCGCCCAGCUUCCCCGACUCCUACCCCAGCGAUUCCGAAGUGACGUGGAACAUCUCCGUGCCAGAGGGCUUCCGGAUCAAGCUCUACUUCAUGCACUUCGACCUGGAAUCGUCAUACCUUUGCGAAUAUGAUUACGUCAGGGUUGAGUCUGAGGACCAAGUCUUGGCUACCUUCUGUGGGAGAGAAGCCACAGACACAGAACAGACCCCGGGCGAGCAAGCCAUCACCUCUCCUGGGUCGUACAUGAGCCUCACGUUCAAGUCGGACUUCUCCAACGAAGAACGCUUCACCGGUUUUGACGCCCAUUACACAGCAGUUGAUGUAGACGAGUGCCUUGAGAAGAGUGAUGAGGAACUGUCCUGCGACCACCACUGCCACAACUAUAUUGGUGGCUACUACUGCUCCUGCAGGUUCGGCUACCUCCUCCACUCUGACAACAGGACGUGCAAAGUGGAAUGCAGCGACAACCUCUUCACCCAGAGGAACGGAGUGAUCAUCAGCCCGGACUUCCCCAGCCCCUAUCCCAAGAGUUCGGACUGCUUGUACCGCAUUGAGCUGGAAGAAGGCUUCUUCAUCACCCUGCAGUUCGAAGACAACUUUGACGUCGAGGACCACCCGGAAGUCUCCUGUCCGUACGAUUACAUAAAGAUCAAAGCUGGACUUAAAGAGUUUGGGCCGUUCUGUGGUGAAAAAUCUCCAGGGCGCAUCGAAACCAGAAGCCACAGUGUCCAAAUCCUGUUCCACAGUGACAACUCCGGAGAGAACGGAGGCUGGAAGCUGGCCUACACGGCAAUCGGGGACCCCUGCCCGCUGGUGGAGCCUCCGCUCAACGGCAGAAUUGAGCCCUCGCAGGCAACGUACACCUUCAAGGACCAGGUGGUCGUCAGCUGCAACACCGGAUACAAUGUCCUCAAGGAUGACGUGGAAAGCGAAACCUUCCAGAUCGAGUGCAUGAAGGACGGGGCGUGGAGCAACAGAGUUCCAGUCUGCAAAAUGGCAGACUGCAAGCAGCCGCUGGAGCUGGCCCACGGCUUCGUCACCUUCUCCACGCCGGACAACCUGACCACGUACCAGUCGGGGAUCCAGUACUCCUGCCAGCCUCCCUUCUACCAGAUGGUGCCCAACAUCACAGGAAUCUACAGCUGUGACGCCAAGGGGGUCUGGAACAGUGCCGAGUUGGGGACAGGCCUGCCAUCUUGUCAACCAGUAUGUGGGAAACCGCGGUUCUCCCGAAGUCUGCUGGCCCGGAUUGCUAACGGCCGCUACGCUCAACGGGGAAUUUCUCCCUGGAUCGCCAUGCUGCACAGGAAUGGGCACCCCUUCUGCGGAGGAUCACUUCUAGGCAACAGGUGGAUUGUGACCGCCGCUCACUGUCUCCACAACGACCUGGAUCCAGAGAACCCCAUUCUCCAAAGCUCGGAUGUGAUCAGCCCGUCGUCGUUCACAGUCAUCCUGGGGAAGCACAGGACCCACAAGCAAGAUGACACAGAACAACAUCUCCAACCCAAGUCCCUCUUCUUCCACCCGUCUUACCGGGCGGCCACCUUGGAAAACGACAUUGCCCUGGUGGAGCUGUCCGAGGAGGCCACGGUGAAUGAUCACGUGAUACCCGUAUGCUUCCCGGAGGGCCCCCAACCAAAAAAUGCCAUGGUUAUCGUCAGCGGAUGGGGAAAGCAGUUCCUGCAACGUCUCCCGGAUUCCUUGAUGGAGAUCGAGAUUCCGCUGACGGAUCAUGUCGUGUGCCAGGAAGCUUAUGCCAGGCUUCAGAAGGUCAUCACAGAAGAUAUGAUCUGUGCUGGAGAAAGAGAAGGAGGAAAAGACGCCUGUAGUGGAGACUCCGGGGGCCCGAUGGUCACUCUGAACAACCAGACCGGAGAAUGGCAGCUGAUCGGCACCGUGUCUUGGGGUGACGGGUGCGGCUUGGGCGACCGCUACGGGGUGUAUUCCAACGUGUUCCUGAGCCUGCCCUGGAUUAAGCAGGUCACCGGAGUGGAAUAUUGA